UCGAGUGUCGCGGUCUGCCCAUCGUCCUACUCCACCAAGUCUUUGCCCAAUACCUCUCGCUCAGUAAGCAGGCUCUCCCUGCAACCCGCGAGGCAAGGAUUGCACUACAAGUCGCUAGAGAAUUGUGCGACACUAUGAGGGACCACUUUAAAGACGAAAAUGCUCGAAGGGAUAAAUUUGUUCGGGUUAUACAACCCCUCUUCUCCCUAUGGAUGCCAUUACACGAAGUAACGGCGGAAGGAAAUACAGCGUCGAUGCGAACUGACGCGACCAUCUCAGCAAAGGUAGCAAAGGGAGUUAACAUGGUACUCACGGAAAUUAAAAACGGAAAGAAUAGCGGCGACCCAUAUAUGGAAGCGAGUAGGAGGUAUGAGAUAAACACGGAGGCAUUGACAGAGGAACAUUCCGAUUUUUUGAACUGUGGUGCUCCAACAUUUAUAUGCUGCUUGAUCGGUUCGUCCACAAUGAUUUUGAACAGACG